UUUUUAGAUCGCUAAAUAUGACCAUAUGAUAUAGGCUGUGUAGACUAUAGUGUGGCGUAGUAUUUUGUCUCAGACGUAGUAUUGCUUCACGAUAUAUACGCCUAUUGCUAACGCGAGGCAUGUUGACGAGGCUAGCAGAUAAAUCAGCUGCAGAUUGACAGGUCGCAAUGCCGACCCGCCGAGGGCUCGUUAAAGCCACAGAUAGGACACCUUUAACUAUUGGAAGUGACGUUGAAAAGGAUGAGGACGAAAAAACUCCCAAAUCCGAAUCUGAGGGAUAUAGUUGUAUACCGUGGUUUGAGAAACCAUAUCCAAAGCAUGUCUUCUUUAUUCUGGGAAACGAAUUCUGUGAACGAUAUUCUUACUAUGGAAUGCGAACAAUUUUGGUAUUAUAUCUCAAAUACUACUUGACAAUGGAUGAUGACACUUCGACUGCUGUCUACCAUGCAUUCACAGUGCUUGCUUAUCUUUUCCCAUUAUUGGGUGCCUUCAUCGCUGACAGUUGGUGGGGAAAAUACAAAACCAUUUUAUACCUCUCUAUCGUGUACGCCAUUGGUAUGCUUUUGAUCACAAUGGGGGCGUGUCCUCCAAUCGGAUUAGACACAAUGCAUCUUGUUUUGUCGAUGAUUGGAUUGUUCGUUAUUGCCAUUGGAACGGGAGGUAUCAAACCGUGCGUUUCCUCAUUUGGAGGUGAUCAGUUUGAUCCAGAACAAGAACAAUACAGAAGAAGCUUCUUUUCCCUGUUUUAUUUUGCCAUUAAUGCCGGAAGUUUGGUGUCGACGAUUGUUUCCCCAAUUAUUCGAGAUGAUGUCCACUGUUUUGGCCGAGAUGACUGUUAUGCUCUUGCGUUUGGAAUUCCAGCAGCACUGAUGGUUGUAGCUAUAAUAACUUUUAUCGGUGGAACCUCAUUUUACACCAUCAAAGAGCCAGAAGGAAACGUUUUUGCGGAAGUGUUCAAAGGAAUGGGGUCUGCGAUUAAGCAUCGAUGGAACACUCCACGAAGCGAAAGAAACAAAGACCACUGGAUGGACUACGCUCUUGUUGAUACCAGCUACAAGAUGGUCAGAGACACCAAGUAUGUGCUGCGUGUGCUCAUUUUGUACAUCCCAUUACCUCUGUUCUGGACAUUAUUUGAUCAACAAGGAUCGCGAUGGACAUUGCAAGCCACAAGAAUGAACGGAUAUGUCGGAGCUAUUCAAGUGAAGCCGGAUCAAAUGCAAGUAUUCAACCCACUGCUUAUUGUAACUAUGAUUCCACUGUUCGAAGCGACAUUAUAUCCAUGUUUGAGAAAAUACAACAUUAAUUUCAGCCCGCUUCGAAGAAUGACAUUGGGAAUGAUAUUGGCCGGAAUCUCUUUUAUUUUGGCAGCAGGAGUUCAAAUGGAGAUGGACAAAACGUUGACAGUAAUACCAGAAGCUGGUAACCAAGCCAGUUUCCGUGUCAUCAACGGUGGAAACUGCAAAGCUCAAAUCUGGACUGAUAUUUAUCCUAAUUGGAGUGAGACUGGGAGUGAAGGGGGCGAUGGUUUACUACUUAACCCUGGAGCGCAAUCAAACACACUAGAGAGAUUUGUCAAUCCCAGCAUGAUUGAAACGUUGGAACCAUUGGAGGUUAAGUUUCACUGCGUUGGGGAAGCUGGCUUCGGAAGAGCAUAUGUAACCAUUCCUAAACAAUCCACUGUGAAUUUGGUUAUUGAUAAAGAUGGCGACGGUUGGAGAUCCAAAGUGUUCAAUGGAAUAUUCGAAAAAUCUGAAAGUGGAGCAGCCAUUGUAAGAGUCUUCAAUGCAUUAGAUUACAACGCAACAAUAACCGGACUUGGAAACCAUAAUUUACUUGUUACAACUAAUAACAUCAGUGAAAAAGUGGACAUUGAUAGAAAGACCUACACUAUGAUGGUUUAUAAGGACGGUACAAACAUCAAAAACAGCUCUUACUACGUCGAUACUGGUGGUGAUUACACCAUACUUGUAUGGAAUAACGGUACAACUGAGAAUGAAGUCGUUGCUUCUGUAAUGUACACUGAUGUCUACCCCAACACCGUCAAUUUAUUUUGGAUGAUCCCGCAAUACUUUGUCAUCACUUUGGGAGAAGUUUUCUUGUCUGUUACAGGUCUUGAAUUCUCGUACAGUCAGGCACCGACAAGCAUGAAAUCCGUUCUUGCCAGUUUUUGGCUGUUGACAGUAUCUCUUGGAAAUAUUAUUGUGCUUAUUAUCGCUGAAGCUAAAUUUGUACCAAACCAGGCUGAUGAAUACUUUCUUUUUGCUGGACUGAUUGGUGUCGCCGCCAUUAUUUUUAUUAUUCUCGCAAUUCGAUACGAAUAUGUGGACGAAUCUGAAUUCUACGAAACUCAGGAUGAUCCUCUGGAUAAAAAAGAAGAAUCCACGUUCGCAGAAAACGAUUACCAUGAAACCAGCGCUGACGCGAAAAAGAAGGCGGCCGAAGUAAAUGGGGAACCAAAUAAAGGAUUUGAGGAUGACUACAACACUGCUUUUUAAAUAAAUGGUGGAGCCUGCUAAUGGAAAAAUCUCGUCCGUUCGUUAUUUUGAAUUAAUGUUUUUUUACCAUUUCAUCUACCUACCUUACGUGACUUUCUGUGAUAUUUGAUGUUUUUGAAAUCACGAGGUCACCAUUUAUCUCUGGAAGUAGUCUGUAAUAUGUAUGAUAUCCGUAUAACGCUACUCCACAAGUGUGAAGUUUUGAAUCACUAAUGUAGUAAUCUUUUCUUUUUGUUUCUCCCACAAUUUGUUUUAAAUCACUGUAUGGCUUUAAUUUAAAUAAAAUUCUAAUAUUAUUUCUUUUUCAAUCAAGAUAAAAUAAAUAUAUAUUUGUUGUAUAUGCACCGUUUUGGAAAUAUACUCAGUCCAAUUGCCAUUUCAGGAAUAACUAUACGACAAUAUGGGGGAUUAUUUCUGGGGGGAAUUAGCUAAUUGAGUUAUAUAAUGAUUACGUAAAAGUGUGAAAACAAGUUUUAUCUAGAUAUAAAAACCGGAAUAUUUAUGGGCUUUCGUAAUGCAUUUUUUGAAUAAAAAUAGACUAGUGUUAUAAAUGUUUCGUUUUUUUUCGUUCUUAAAUAUUUCAAAAAGAUUGUUUUUAUCAAAAAUCAAUAGCUGUUUUGUCAAUGUACAAUAAUUUUGACAUUGUUUGACGAAUUAAAUACAUAUCGAACUGAUAUUUUACGGCUGUUAUUUUCCCUGUCACGAAUUUUCUCAAUGGAGCCUUCCUAGCGUAUAUUAUAAACGUUUUUAUUACAAAUAUUGGAAGAUCGUUUC